AUGGCUUCCACCGACAAGAAACCGGUUGGGUUUGCCACCCAUAUCAUUGCCGGAGGUAUUGCUGGCAUGUCAGAAGCGCUUGCAUGUCAACCGCUCGAUACGAUCAAAGUACGAAUGCAGCUCUCUAGGUCCGGACGACUGCCCGGCACAAAACCGAGGGGAUUCCUCGCUACCGGGGCUCAAAUCGUACAGCGAGAGACUCCACUCGCUCUCUACAAGGGCUUGGGAGCCGUCUUGAGUGGCAUUAUUCCGAAGAUGGCGAUUCGCUUCGCAUCAUUCGAGACAUACAAAGGUUGGUUAGCGGACAAAUCGACCGGAAAGACGAGUACUGGCAUGGUCUUCUUGGCUGGUCUCGGAGCCGGAGUAACAGAGGCAGUUAUGGUUGUUACACCCAUGGAGGUCGUAAAGAUUCGACUGCAAGCUCAAUCCCACUCGCUAGCGGAUCCUCUCGAGGUCCCACGAUAUCGCAACGCUGCCCAUGCCGUGUACACUAUCAUCAAGGAAGAAGGUGCAAGUGCACUAUACCGGGGAGUCAGUUUGACGGCUUUACGGCAAGCGACGAAUCAGGGGGCAAACUUUACUGCUUAUCAGGAGCUGAAGAAGUUUGCUCAGAAAAUACAACCAGAGCUCGAAACUCUGCCUUCGUACCAAACGAUGGUGAUUGGACUCAUUUCAGGAGCGAUGGGUCCGUUUUCGAAUGCGCCUAUCGACACUAUAAAGACCCGUCUCCAAAAGUCUGCCGCCCAGCCCGGGCAGAGUGCGCUCUCGCGCAUAACAAUGAUUGCUGGAGACAUGUGGAAACAAGAAGGGUUCCGAUCCUUCUAUAAAGGAAUCACCCCACGUGUUCUCCGUGUUGCUCCUGGACAAGCCGUCGUGUUCACCGUGUACGAGCGAGUUCGACGCGUGAUUGAAAGAGUGCAAGUAACGGAUGCCGAGGAUACAUAUUCGGAGUAG